UUCCCAAGUCCACACCACUCCCGACCUCACGCGAGCAGCCAUGGCCGCCCUCCGCCUCGCCUCCAUCACCCUCUGCCCCGCCGCCGCGUCCCCGUCCCCCUCCUCCGCCGCCGCGCCCCGCUCCGCCUCCUACGCCUGCGCGGCGGCGCGCGGCCUCCCCUCCCUCCGCCUGGCCGCGGCCCGCCCCCGCCGCGGGGACCUCGUCCGUGCUCGCGCCGCCGCGAACCCGGCGGCGGAGAACUACGCGUCCGCGCUCUGCGAGCUGGCCUCCGAGAGCGGCACCCUCGACGAAACCGUCGCGGACCUGGAGAAGCUGGAGAAGAUCUUCGCCGAGGAGGCCGUCGCGGAGUUCUUCGACAACCCGACCGUGCUGCGCACGGAGAAGGCGGAGCUCAUCGACGAGAUCGUCAAGUCCUCCGACCUGCAGCCGCACGUCGUCAACUUCAUCAACGUGGUCGUCGACAACUCCCGCGCCGAGCUGGUCCCGCAGAUCGUCAAGGAGUUCGAGACCGCCUACAACGCGCUCACCGGCACCGAGGUCGCCACCGUCACCUCCGUCGUGCAGCUCGAGUCGGAGGACCUCGCGCAGAUCGCCGCGCACGUGCAGAAGAUCACCGGCGCCGCCAACGUCCGGAUCAAGACCCGCAUCGACCCGGAGCUCAUCGCCGGAUUCACCGUGCAGUACGGCAGCGACAACUCCAACUUCAUCGACAUGAGCGUCCGCAAGCAGAUCGCCGAGAUCACGUCCGAGCUCGAGAUGCCAUCCGUUACCCUCGACGUCUGAUAGGCUUCUGCUCCACCCCUCUCUGCCUUGAUGCUUAGUAAUUACUAUCGCAAGGAUUGCAAGAAUGCUGGCCUUCAUCAGAGGCUAGCACAUGUGAUGGAGGAGGCUUGACUACAUGUGGAUGGGCAUUUUUUCGUGCAAAAAUAUAUUAACUAAAUACAUCAUUUUUUUUUCCUGGAAGGGGCCACUGUAAUUUUUAUCUUUUUGCUGUUGAGAUCCUGUAACAUGUUUCAAAUACUCAACUAUAGCUGCGUUUGCUGCUCCAA